CCCAUAUAAACUACACGCUACUUCUAUAAAAGUGCUGAAAACAUCGCUGUGACGCCAUCACAAGCCAAGUGGUUUUGACAACAGCCGCGAGCCAGGGAAAAAAGAGUGAGACACAAUAUCAUAAUCUUUUAUCUUCUUUUGAGGACAGUGUCACAGUUGUGGAGCAACUGUUGUGCAGAGAUAAGUCUGUCCAGAGAUUAGAUAUAACCUAGAAGACAGGUGCAGUGAGAAAUGAGGCCACCUAUAAAAGAAACCUGAGUCGACAUACGCUUCUCAAGCCAGCAGUUCUCCAGGGAAGUGUGCUAUAACAAUGGGCUGGAAGAUAUUUGGCGCCAUCAUGAGUGCCCUCUUUGUGGGACUAGCUGUGGCCCUUUCGUCUCUUGCCUGGGCAGGUCACACUAGCGGGACAGACGCUGCCGCCGUGCCUCCUUCAGUCGUCACUCCGGCGGGACGCAUACUGGGAUCCGUCGGGACCAGCAUCUUCAACGGGAAAAGUUACGUGGCUUACAAAGCAAUCCCUUUCGCCAAGCCGCCUCUGGGGGCGCUCAGAUUCAUGCGUCCGCAGCCACCGGACUCGCUUUCGGGGACGGAGUACAUCAACAGUGAAGAGUAUAAGCCCUCGUGUUGGUCUAUCACUAGGCAGAGCACUGACGCCGCCUAUGGCGAAGAUUGUCUGUAUCUUAAUAUCUACGUCCCUGGUAACGCUCCUGUCAUCAACGCACGGGAAUUAUAUCCUGUCAUGGUUUGGCUACAUGGCGGAGGGUUCGUGGCGGGCAGUGCUUUUCCGGAACCCAUCAAGAUGGUGACCCGCAACGAUGUCAUAAUCGUAGGCGUAAACUACAGGAUGGGUGUCUUUGGAUUUCUCACCACAUUAGACGCCAAUCUGCCGCCCAACAAUGGCUUAUGGGAUAUGCAAAUGGCUUUAAAAUGGGUCAAGGAAAAUAUAAAAUACUUUGCUGGUAACGACUCUUCCAUCACUGUUUUUGGAGAGUCUUCGGGAUCCAUUAGCGCUUCGCUGCUGGCGCUGUCUCCAGCCGCUGGGAGUCUCUUCAACAAAGCCAUCUUUCAGAGUGGCACCGCCACCACGUUGUUGUCGAGAGAUGCGCCCCUGAGAGCUCGGGAAUUCGCCGCAAUGGUUGGCUGCGAAGCGGCUGCCGCUUCUAGCCAGCUGGCGCAAUGUCUGCGUGGGGUCAGCAUCGCUGACAUACUGAAAAACAGUAAGCCGUCUUCGUUCAACAUUUCGACCGCCAGACGACAGGCGGACUUUAUCUGGGAACCAGCUGUUGAUGGAGAAUUCAUCCCGCAAGAGCCGCUGGCCCUUCUUUCCAACAGCACGUACCUAAAGAGUGUUGGCGCAUAUGAUAAAGAUUAUAUUAUCGGUGUUUUAAACAAUGAAGGGGGACUAAUCUCGGACAAUUUUCUCCGUCAAAUCUCUCUAGAUAUGAUUGGUCUUCCGGGUUUCGCAAGUGAUAUGUUGGAUUUUUUACUGAACAGAAGAUACAACGCUAUGAACGCUACAGAAAAAAUAAAAAGCGCUGUGUAUACAUUUUAUAAUAUAAAUCCUGCGAAUGUUAGUACAGCGCAGAAUGUAUUAGAUAUGUCUGCAGACUUGCUUUUCUAUGUGCCCGCUGUGGAAACUGCUUUGGCUUUAUCACGGUGUUCCUCAUCAAGCUCAAAUACUGGAUGCUCCCAGCAUAGCCCCAGAGUUUUUUUCUAUUUGUUUGACUAUUGCCCGCCUAUUACUGAUUUAAGCAGGCCCCAGUGUUUGAUACACGGUGCUGAUGUGGCUUACGAGCUGCCGCGCAACAAUUUGACCAGUGCUGUCCAGACUCAUCUAUCCGACAUUUUUAUUGAUCUUCUGACCAGUUUCGCCAAUAACUCUAAUCCCGGGUCCGCCGUGAGUUCUGGCUGGCCUGCGUUCGAUCCCAGCUCCCAGCUUUACCUCCGCCUCGAUGUCAUCCCAUCGGUUAGACUUGCACCUUACAAAUACAGGGCGCAUUUCUGGUUGGAUGUAGUAACACGGCUUAUUGAUGUCUGAAACUCUAGUAAGCAGAGACUGAGCAUGAUUUUUUUUUUAAUGACUUUGUUAAUGGCACAAAUAAACAGGCACUGUCAAAUUUGUUGACUAGACACUUAGCCGAAUAGGCUAACACAACGCAGACGAUAUAUAAAAUGCUAGCAGUAAACACCAGCCACGUCCGUUGAUGUGUUCCCAGUCUUUAUAUAGAUAAUUAUGUCCGAAACACUCCUUUUUUUUUUCUUUUCUUUUCAACGAACUACCUAACACACUUUUAAGCCCAUGAGUCAGUGUAUCUCUACGCUCUCUAUUUCAUUUUCUGUCUGUCUGUCCGUCUGUCUCUCUCUAAUCGCUCUCUGGAACACCUGCGCAUCGUUAUUUCUCCGACAUAGACUUUUGACUUUAACUGGAAAAAAUCCGCCUCACAAUGCGCCCCGAAACAUGCACGCACUCAAAUGACUUUUCUUCGGCUUCUCAAUUCUUAAAGCCAACAAGGUACGGUAUUCGACGCCGAAUGCAUUUCUACAUACCAUCAGUCUCAGGCUUACAGAAUAAAAAGCAUUAUCCAAAGGCCCCAAUGGAAUGACCCAUUCCCGUUCCACUUUCUACAUCUGUUUUUGGUAUCAUUACUCUCUCUCUCUCUUUCUCUUCUUUCCCUCUUUCUCUCUCUCUCUCUCUCUCUCUCUCUCUCGCUUGAAAACAGAAAAAGCCUCUAGAUCUAUCUUAUUAAUGAUAUUAGGAUUGGUCUUUUUUUUUUUUUGUUUUAUUUAGAGCGUAUCUAACAGGAAGCGGAAAUGACGUAAGGCAUAUAAAAACUAAGUAGACUUGGGGAAAAAGAAAAAAAAUAUUGCCAUAAAAUGUAUGGCAUUCAUGCUUUCUAUUUACACUGCGGCCUUUGGGGAAAUGCCGAAAUGCGAAUAGCUGUCGUCAGGUUGCGAAGCUGACCAAUAGGGUUGUUAGUGAGCACCUAGGAGGUAAAAGGAACUUGGGUACGAAAUUUGAUGCGGAUACGUGCGACAGUUCAAGAGAUCUCGUGAUCAAUCAGUUAUAUUUUCUCUUAAAUAUAGUAGAUGCGACUUGGACUAACUAAUGUUAUGAACACUAUGACUGUGUAGUUUAGCGCAAGUAAUGACGUCAUAGACUGACACUAUACCAAAGAACUUAGCACUGUCAUUGUUUUAGACUGUUAUAUCAAUAUAUUGUUUAUGUUAUAUUGUUUCUUUAAUUGUAAUAUUAUAAAGUCAUUGUUAUUAAA